AAUUGAUAAAACUGUUAAAUUACCUAGAAUGUAUUGGACAGGAGAUACUGCUGUAGAUUUAUUUUCACCAAAUAAAUGUGUUGUGUUGCCAAAUUCUUCAAUUAUUUUGAAUACUAAACAACAAAUUAAAAUUCUAGAUAGAUAUAGAGGUGUACUUAAGACGAGAAGUAGCAUAGGAUUUUUAGGUGUUUUCGUUUUCGAAGGACUUAUAGAUUCUAAUUAUACCAGUGAACUCAAGAUAAAAAUAUUUAAUACCAGUGAUGAGCCAUUCGAAAUAACCACAAGCAAUGCAGUUGCACAGAUGACAAUUGAAAAAUACGAGGAGUUAAAAAUCGAAGAGGUUGAUGAAUUUGAAACUACUGCACGUAAUGAAUUAGGUUUUGGUAGUUCUAAUUCGGAAAAUAAUUAG